AUGGACUCUGGCGGCUUCUUCAAAUCACUGACGAGCACGUUCAAGUCACACAGCAAUGGAGACCGGCAGAAGAUUUCUGCUGAGACGGUCACCGAUGACCUCAUGAAGAGGGAGCUGUUUGAAGAGCUACAGACGGGAUCAACUAGCACACGAGCGAGAGCAGCUGGCCAAAUUGCAGAGUCGUUGUAUGAUUUCUACCCUCAGAGCAUACCCGACGUGUGGUACUGUGCGAAGGAUCUUAUCGCGCCGGGUCAGCAACAAUCGACAAGGAAGGCUGGAUUAGCGUUGUUGACCAAAUGUGUGAGCUCACCAUCGGACGAUCCAAACUCGCAAUACGUCUACUUCACAGAUGCCUUGAUGAAUUGCCAGUUCGCUAAGGGCAAAUGCGAUCCGGAGCUACAAAGCUUUGUCCAGAUAUUGAAGAUUAUGACGGAUAAUGGAACUUUUAUUCAUCAUUUCCAGGAGUCUCUUAAACAACCGCUGCUGGAUUUUUUUACAAGUGCAUUGUCGACGAAUGACCUUGUCAAAUCACCAACGGUUUUGGAAUUGCUCCAGUUCUUGAUAGAAUCAAUCAAAUCGGGGAUUUUCAACAUUGAUCAACCGGAAGCUGUCGUUGGUUACGUGUCCAAGAUCUUAUCGCUGAUAAUCAAACUGUCGCUGAAGACGUCGGACCGUGUCAUAUUAGAGUAUUGCAUACAGACCCUGGAUGCUGUGGCGUUGUACCAAACAGUGCCACAGAGUUUGCUAUAUGAAACUUUGGAGAUCCUUUGCGGUGCAUGUAUAUUGGAUUUGCACUAUUAUGAUAUGGUAACGUCAGUAGUGACGAAUUUAAUCAACAGGGUCCAAUCUUCGUUGGUUAUUUCUACCCUUGUGAAGAUUGUGCUCUGCCACAACUCUAGAAACGAUAAGAAUAUCAAUGCAUCCAUUGGCGCAAUGAAAGUUAUUGGAUAUCUAUUUCCAAACUUUGCAUAUCAGUUCGAUAUAACAUCGUUGCUAUCUGCACUAGAGGAAAUCGUUGGUUGGAACAAACAAAAUCUGUUGAUUGUUACUCUUCAGUUCUUUAAUGACGUUUUGCUUUCAGACAUCACACUGAAUCAAAUACCCGCACAUAAUUGGGACGGUGAGAAUCAUUCAAUAUUGAAUCUUUUGUCUGUUAUCAGUUCAAAACUAUCCAAGGAUCAAGAAAUAGAUUUGUUCAAGAUUACACUUAUUACAUUACAAAAUCUAGGAGAGACAACCAGGUACCCAGGUAACCUGAAAAAUUUGGUGACUUUUUUCUUAAGACAUCCAAAACAUCUUUCGACCAAGGCUUGUAUAGAUGUCUUGAGAUAUUACGGCAUUCACAACCUCUGUUCCCCAUUGAACGAGAAUUGGAAGGGAAAUUUGGAGCUGUUAUUGAACACUUUUUAUUACGAUGAGUCCAAAGAUGUAACCGUGAGAAAGGCAUGUGUUAAGUUACUAGAUGAGAACUUUGACUCUGCAUUAGAUCUUGUACAGAAUGGAGAUGAUACUGUUUUGUUUGAAAUAUCUGACUAUAUAUUCGACGGAUUACUCUUUGAAACGAGCUCGGAAGUUGUUCAGCAGUAUUUGUCACAUCAUUUGCAAUCUGCGUUGACUUUGCCUUCAGAAUUGUUUGAGAAAAUAACUGAGCGUUACUUUUUACCAAGGUUAUGCGCAGCUACACCAAGAGAGAGGAGAUCAAGUUUAACCUCAAGUUUCAGCAGCUUAAGACUGGAUAGAAGUGAUGUUAAACCAUUCCCUGAACAGACAACCCUUGCUAUCGUCAAGAACUUUGUUACACUUUUUGCAAAGACUUUAAGCACACAGGCAAAGAAGGCCCAAUUCAUAUUCAAUCUCCUUAUAAACGUUUUGAAACACGCUUUGCAGACAAAAAAUGUUGAUUUGAUGUUGACAACGUCGAGAUUAUUUGUUAGAAUUAGGGCGUCAACCAAGAAACAGGUUUAUUUGACAAAUCCAACGGAUAUGGAUGGUUUGUCUGCUGCGUUUUCCAGGAAUCUGAACUUGAGAAAGACCAGCGAUGCAACUGGAUCUGUGAGUCUUGACGAAAAAUGGGUAUACCCCGAGGAAAUCUCAUUUAUACCACAUGAUACACUGGAUCAACCUUCUAAAGAAUUGACAAUUAUGGAUUAUAAUUCAGACAAGUUGGUAACAACACCGACGAUCGAUAUUCAAUUAUGGCUCUCCAUUGUUAUCCAAAUCUUGGAAAUUGCACCAGAUUGGGAGAUCUAUUCCUUUAUUUAUUCGCACUUUUGUCCGCAACUUUCAAAUAUAACACUUUUUGAAUCCUGUGGUGAUGGUAUCAGAAAAUUCAGAUCAUUGGUGUGCGACCAACUUACAUUGAAAUUACCAUCAGGCUUGAGUAUACCAGAUCACACCACCAAACAGGAUGUACAAGUGGCUAUUGUCAGAAACUUUACUGCACUUAUCUCAUACAGCGCACUGUUUUCGAAACAGGAUGAGGACCAAAUCAUCAACGCCCUUUUGUUCGGAUUAUCGUCGUGGGAGAAAACGGCAAUUCCAUGUGUUCAUAUCUUGACUAUCUGUUGCUAUGAAUUACCAAUGUCCGUGAAGAAGUUCCUUUCGGUGAUAUUGACGAAAUUGCAAACAAGGAUAUCAAGUGCAUUUGCAAGUGCACAUAUUUUAGAGUUCCUCCUGGCACUGUCUUAUAUUCCUUCGUUGACCUCAAACUUUACUGUGGAUGAAUUCAAAAGAGCCUUUGGCAUCACAUUUAAACUGAUUCAAUAUGCACACGAUAUUUCAGAGGUAAAGGACAACGAGCAUCACGGUAUUUUGACACACGGAGAAGAGUUAGAGGCCGAAUUGCUCCCUUCAACUGAAAACUUUGAAGUAACGCCAGUGAUUUCCAUAUAUCUUUUGUCAUUAUCAUACGAUGUGAUUGCCAAUUGGUUCUUGAACAUGCGUUUGAGUGAUAGACGCCAGCUCUCAUCCUUCAUUAUCAAGAACCUGAUACUAUCUCAGUCGAACCGUGGAUCUGAGAUCAACAACCAGAACAUGUCAUUUAUUGAUCUGAUUAGUCGUUUCACUUAUUCAGAUCUAGAGUUGAGUUUCUCACCAAUAAAACCGCAAGGGUUUGCAUCUGAAGAUCCUGUCUUGUCAUCGAAGUGGGUUUAUGGUAAUAGUAUUAUAACCAUAGAUACUCAUGCAAAAACCGGUGAAUCCAUAGUUGCUGUUCGUCGUGCAUCUGGAUUCUCAGUUUUCCGCAUCACACCGGAUGAAUCUAUGAUUCCGUUUUACACUAAUCAACUUCACUCAAAAACAGACGGAGAGGACUUGUUUUCUGCUAACUACAUGCUACUUCAACUGGUUGUCCAUCCAGAGACGUCAAGGUCGAUCAAACCUAUCCCAAUCCCAGAUGAUUCUCAGUUCACGAGAUCUUUGAACAAUUUUGACCGCAUUCCUGUUGUUGAGUUCCACAAGGUUGGAUUGCUCUACAUUGGGCCAGGUCAGAGUACCGAACAGGAGAUUCUUGGAAACUCCAAGGGAUCUGCUGAGUUUGACAGAUUUUUGGCAUCCAUUGGUAGACCAAUCACUUUAAAAGGAUGUAAAUCAUUCUACGUUGGUGGUCUAGAUACUGAGAACGACGUUGAUGGACCUAUUGCAUAUGGUUGGAAUGACAAGAUUUUGCAAUUGAUCUUACAUACCACAACAUUGAUGCCUACUCCAGAUGACAGCGACCCAGGAUUUUCUGCAAAGAAGCGCCAUAUUGGAAACAACUAUGUGAAUAUAUUCUUUGACGAAUCCUGUCAUCCGUUCCAAUUCAACGUUAUAAAGUCGCAGUUCAAUUUCCUCAACAUCCUGAUCCAACCUCAUUCUGUAACGUUUGGAACUAAGGACGAAGCGGGCUCUCAAGACAAGGGCAUAAAGAAGUACAAAGUCAAGAUUCACCGACGCUCUGGGGUUCCUGGUUUGUUUGCUACAUGUCAUUUCAAAAUUAUCUCUGAGGAGAAUCUACCGAUAUUUGUUCGUUCUCUCGCUCUGAUUGCCAACCAGUUUGCACACGUCUGGCACUCAAACGGGUCAUAUGCUUCUAACUGGUCUCACAGAAUGAACCAACUACAAAUGAUACGUGAGAGAAGUAUUAAAGCACACGAGGAAUUGAAAACGAGUGCUCAACAGGAUACAUCUAAAGACGCCCAUACAACAAUGAGUAUCUUUGAUCAGCUGAACAACAAGGGCUCUACCAGUGGCAAUAGAGUUGUGAGUAAUGGACGUGGACCAAGUGUUAACAGCUACGAAUUUACAGAAGACGACGAUAACGAAAUAUUGAAGAACUUGGAGUUUACCAGCUUUACUAAAUGA